GCCUGGUUUCCAUGACAAUCAGUCGAUCCAUACAUCCUCAGAUCUGAUGACGCGUGAUGCGUGAUUCUCAAGCUCUUGCCUGAGGCAUCGCUGACGUCACUGACGCUCCAGUGCCUGUAGAAGCGGCUGGCCCGCAAUAACAAAUUGGAUGAAGACAGAAAUAUUACUCGCAUCCAUUGAAAUCAGUUCAAGAUGGCGUCCGAGGUGGAAUACGAGUCGAUUCUGUGCGUGAAACCAGAUGUCAAUGUUUACCGCAUCCCACCGCGGGCGUCGAAUCGCGGAUACAGGGCGGCUGACUGGAAGCUAGACACUCCUGACUGGACAGGCCGUAUGCGUAUUACAGCAAAGGGGAAGGUGGCUUAUAUCAAAUUGGAGGACAAAAUCUCAGGUGAGCUGUUUGCUCAAGCGCCGGUAAAGGAAUACCCUGACAUUGCAGUGGAGACAGUCAGUGAUUCCAGUCGCUAUUUUGUUCUCCGAAUACAGGAUGACAAUGGUCGGAGUGCAUUCAUUGGUGUUGGGUUUGGAGACAGAGGUGAUUCUUUUGACUUUAAUGUCGCCCUGCAGGAUCAUUUCAAGUGGGUGAAACAGGAGAAUGAAAUAAAAAGUUCUCAGGGUGCAGACUCAGCACCCAAACUGGAUCUAGGCUUCAAAGAGGGACAGACCAUCACACUGAAUAUCGGGCAAGGUAAAAAGAGGGAUAAGCCCCGCCCUCAGAGCUCAGGAGGCUUGGGGCUCCUCCCUCCACCUCCAGGAGGAAAGAUAGCCCCUCCUCCUUCGUCCAAUGACAACACAGUACAGCCAUCAGGAGGAGCACAAACAGGAUGUUUAUUAGAACUGGACAGCAGUAACUCUAAUACAGUGGUUCAGUCAAACCCCAGCUCUGACCUGUGGGGUGACUUCUCUAGCUCUGCAAGCUCUGUUCCACCUCCAGCACCACGCCAAGAUCCCUCCUCUGGGAACUGGGUCCAGUUCUGAAAAAGUUUUAUCCUCCUUCAUUCCAUUAUUGUUCCCAUUCCUCCAUCAAAACUACUGCAAUUAAAAGAUACUGCAUAAUUGUAUGGAAAAUUAGAGGCAAGCUGUAUGUCAUGCUGCUAAUCUUAGCAGAGCACAGAGGCGAGAAAUAGGCUAUUAGGAAUUCUCUUAGAAUCAACCAAAUGAAAUUAUGAAUAAGAUUGUAUAAAAGAGAGGAACAUCCCAUGGGUGUUAUAUGUAAAACUUUAUGGUAAUGUUUUGAAGAUUGUUUCAGUAUCUUUACAUUUGUCCACAAGGUGUUGGAUGUGUCCAUUUUGUUGUCAUGACCUGUAUAUGUUUGUCUUAGGUUUUGGAGGAGUGAAUAUGUGUUGAGUGUUUAAAAAAAGGCAGAGAUUUUGUUUGAAAGUGUCGAAUUUAAGUGAGGCCUGGAUAUGUUAAGAGCUUAAUGUCUUGUAUAUCAUAAGAAUAUAUAAAACCUGUACAGUAUAAAUAUUCAAAAAUACUGACUGAAAGCCACAAUGUAGAAAAAUUAUGUCCCUCAAAUAAAGGGAUUAUGUCUAGAUAUUCAUUACAUAUCCAUAUUGUCAUUUACUUGACUAACAGAGUCAUUUACGUGUUAAACAAAAAUAAAAUCUACAAAAGAACUACAGCA